AUGAGUGAAGUCCUUGUCAUUACUUGUCCAAGCGGGAAACAAUGCAGUCGGCUGAUCCCUCUCCUAUACAAUAAAGGUAAAUUUCGCCUCCGACUGGCCGCGCAUUCCACUGCUUCGGCCAAGAACCUAGAAAUCUCCUACCCGGACGCGGAAAUUGUCAUAGUUGAUUUGCAGUCGCUGUCUGACUGCCGUCACCUGUUGCAUGGCGCAACGGCCAUCAACGCCGUGUUGCCGAGCCUGCAUUUACAUGAGAAAGAGAUUGGCUUCAACCUGGUUGACGCGGCCGUCGCAGAGUCGCGUCGCGAAGGCAAUGUCUUCAAGCACUUUGUUCUGUCAAGUUUCCUCGACGCCUAUCCCGUCGCAAGGCUUGCCUCACAAGACCAUCCCGUAAUGGAGAAAUGGUGGAAACCCGAGCAUGCAAAUAGCGUCAUCGCUCUCGACGACCUCGCUGCCGCAACAGUGAAGGUUCUCGAUGAACGUGAAGCCCACUACCUGGCCGAGUAUCCACUCGUGUCUACUUUGCCAAUCUCCGAGACGGAGAUUAUACGAAUCAUUGAGAAACGAAUUGGAAAAAACAUUGAAUUGAAAACACCCAGCUUCGAAACCGGAGUAAGCAAGUUGAUCGAUAACUUAUAUGGUAGUUCCGAGCACGGCCAAGGCGAGAUUGGACUCGGUCGCUCGAGUGCCGGUGAUCUACGCGGGGACUUGGUCCGAGACACUGUCGAACAUCUCAUACUGUUCUACAAUCGUCGCGGCCUGAAGGGAAGUCCAAACGUACUGAGGUGGCUGUUGGGGAGAGAGCCAACAACCGUGGAGGCUUGGGUGGAUAAUGUUGCGACAAAAGCUGGCUAUUAG